ACCCCCUCACUGUCUUCCCCCCAUCUUCUCCUUCUUUACUGGUUCUCUUCUUAUCACUCCUUCUCCUUUCAAAUUCGGUUUCCUUGCGUGGCGUUUCCUUAGGUGGUCAAGGUCGUGCUGCGGCCUAAGUAAAUAUGGCACCGCUGCCUAUCAAGUUCACAGAACUGGUCAAUUUGACCAAUGUUGGCAUCUCGCCAAACUCCAUCGGCUUCAACCAAUGUACUCUCGAAUCCGACCACUAUGUCUGCGUUCGCCAGAAACUCGACGAGGAUGAUAAGCCACAAGUCAUCAUUGUUGACUUGAAAAACAACAAUGAGGUCAUGCGGCGGCCGAUCAAUGCCGACAGUGCGAUCAUGCACUGGAGCAAGAACAUCAUCGCUCUCAAGGCUCAAGGCCGAACAAUUCAGAUCUUCGACCUCCAGGCGAAGCAAAAGCUGAAGUCGGCCGUUAUGAACGAGGAUAUUGUGUAUUGGAAGUGGUUCAGCGACAAGUCUCUGGGUCUCGUCACGGACAACUCCGUCUACCACUGGGAUGUCUACGAUGCCACUCAGCAGAACCCGGUCAAGAUGUUCGAUCGUCUUCCCAACCUGUCUGGGUGCCAAAUUAUCAAUUACCGCGUCAAUUCCGAGGAGAAAUGGAUGGUUUUGGUCGGUAUCAGUCAACAGCAGGGUCGUGUUGUGGGAUCGAUGCAACUCUACUCGAAAGAGCGCGGGAUCUCCCAGUCCAUUGAGGGCCACGCUGCUGCUUUUGCCGACAUUAACGUUGAGGGCUCUCCUCUACCCCACCACCUUUUCACCUUCGCCGUCCGAACCCCGACCGGUGCCAAGCUUCAGAUUGCCGAGAUCGACCACCAAGAACCGAACCCGCGAUUCCAGAAGAAGGCCGUGGAGGUGUACUUCCCCCAGGAAGCUGUCAAUGACUUCCCUGUGGCGAUGCAGGUUUCCACCAAGUACGACGUGGUUUACCUUGUCACCAAGUACGGGUUCAUCCACCUCUAUGAUCUCGAGACCGGUACAUGCAUUUUCAUGAAUCGUAUCUCCAGCGAGACGAUUUUCACGACUGCUGCGGAUACUGACGGUGCGGGCCUGGUUGGUGUCAACCGCAAGGGUCAGGUACUCGCGGUCAGUGUCGACGAGAGCACGAUUAUUGACUACUUGAUGAACAAUCCCGCCAUGUCGGGUCUUGCCGUUAAGCUUGCCUCCAGGGCCGGACUUCCCGGGGCCGAUCACCUUUACCAGCAACAAUUCGAUACACUCAUCAACUCGGGCAACUUUUCCGAAGCCGCCAAGGUCGCUGCCAACUCUCCCCGCGGAUUCCUUCGUACCCCCGAGACUAUCAACCGCUUCAAGAACGCCCCUCAGACCGGUCAGAUGUCGGUCAUCUUGCAGUACUUCGGUAUGCUACUUGACAAGGGCUCAUUGAACCGAUACGAGAGUGUGGAGCUGGUUCGCCCUGUGUUGCAACAGAACCGCAAGCACCUGCUGGAGAAGUGGAUGGGCGAGAACAAGCUGGAGUCCUCCGAGGAGCUCGGAGACAUUAUUCGGCCUUACGACAUGCCUCUGGCUCUGAGCGUUUACCUUCAGGCCAACAUCCCCCAUAAGGUUGUUGCUGGUUUCGCCGAGACUGGCCAAUUCGACAAGAUCCUCGAGUACUCCAAGCAAGUGGGUUACCAGCCCGACUACACCCAGCUCCUGCAGCACAUCGUACGGGUGAACCCCGAGAAGGGUGCGGAGUUUGCUACCCAACUUGCCAACGAGGAGAGCGGUGCCCUUGUUGACCUCGACCGGGUUGUGGAUGUGUUCCUGUCCCAGAACAUGAUUCAGCAGGCCACUUCCUUCCUGCUGGAUGCCCUGAAGGACAACAAACCUGAGCAGGGUGCCCUGCAGACCCGGCUCCUGGAGAUGAACCUUGUCAACGCCCCUCAGGUUGCGGACGCUAUUCUGGGCAACGAGAUCUUCUCCCACUACGACCGCCCUCGCAUCUCGCAGCUUUGCGAGAAUGCCGGUCUCAUCCAGCGCGCCCUGGAGAACACUGACGACCCGUCCGUAAUCAAGCGCAACAUUGUCCGCACUGACAAGCUGACCCCCGAGUGGUUGAUGAGCUACUUCGGCCGUUUGUCUGUUGAGCAAACCCUUGAGUGUUUGGACACCAUGCUUGAGGUGAACAUUCGCCAGAACCUGCAGUCCGUUGUCCAGGUCGCUACCAAGUUCUCUGAUCUGCUUGGUGCCAACCGUCUCAUCGAUCUCUUCGAGAAGUACCGUACUGCCGAGGGUCUCUACUAUUACCUUGGCAGCAUUGUCAACCUUAGCGAGGACCCUGAGGUGCACUUCAAGUACAUUGAGGCCGCCACUGCCAUGAACCAGAUCACCGAGGUCGAGCGUAUUUGCCGUGAGAGCAACUACUACAACGCUGAGAAGGUCAAAAACUUCCUGAAGGAGGCCCACUUGACUGAACAGCUCCCUCUCAUCAUCGUUUGCGACCGCUUCAACUUCAUUCACGACCUGGUUCUUUACCUCUACCAAAACCAGCAGUUCAAAUCUAUUGAGGUUUACGUACAGCGUGUCAACCCCUCCCGCGCCCCUGCUGUCAUUGGUGGUCUGCUUGAUGUCGACUGUGAUGAGAACAUCAUCAAGGGCCUCCUGAGCAGCGUGGAUCCCUCUUUGAUCCCUAUCGAUGAGCUUGUCAAUGAGGUUGAGAGCCGCAACCGUCUCAAGCUGCUCCUGCCCUUCCUCGAGGCUACCCUUGCUACCGGCAACCAGCAGCAGGCUGUCUACAAUGCUCUUGCGAAGAUUUACAUCGAUAGCAACAACAACCCCGAGAAGUUCCUCAAGGAGAACGACAUGUACGACACCUUGACUGUCGGAAAGUACUGCGAGAAGCGUGACCCCAACUUGGCGUACAUUGCGUACCACAAGGGUCAGAAUGAUCUGGAGUUGAUCAGUAUCACGAACGAGAACUCCAUGUACCGUGCCCAAGCCCGGUACCUCGUUGAGCGUGCCGACCCCGAGAUCUGGAACUUCGUUCUGAGCGAGAACAACGUCCACCGCCGCUCUCUCGUCGACCAGGUUAUUGCCACUGCCGUCCCGGAGUCCACUGAACCCGACAAGGUUUCUGUCGCUGUCAAGUGCUUCCUCGAAGCUGAUCUUCCCGGCGAGCUCAUCGAGCUGCUCGAGAAGAUCAUUCUCGAGCCCUCGCCCUUCAGCGACAACACCAGCCUGCAGAACCUGCUGAUGUUGACUGCCGCCAAGGCCGACAAGGGUCGUCUGAUGGACUACAUUCACCAGCUGAACGAGUUCUCUGCCGAUGAGAUCGCCGAGAUGUGUAUCAGCGUUGGUUUGUAUGAGGAGGCCUUUGAGAUCUAUAAGAAGGUCAACAACUACCUCGCCGCCGUCAACGUUCUCGUCGAAAACAUCGUCAGUAUCGACCGCGCCCAGGAGUUCGCUGAGCGCGUUGAGCUGCCCGACGUUUGGAGCAAGGUUGCCAAGGCCCAGCUCGAUGGUCUUCGUAUCUCCGACUCGAUCGAGUCGUAUAUCCGUGCCGGUGACCCGUCCAACUACAACGAGGUCAUUGAGACUGCCACUCACGCCGGCAAGGAUGAGGACCUCGUCAAGUUCCUCCGCAUGGCCCGCAAGACCUUGCGGGAGCCGGCCAUUGACACUGCUCUCGCCUUCUGCUUCGCACGUCUGGAUCAGCUUCCCGAGCUUGAGGACUUCCUUCGCUCCACCAAUGUCGCCAACAUCGAGGCGUCUGGUGACAAGGCCUACGAGGAGGGCUACCACCAGGCCGCCAAAAUUUUCUUCACCAGCAUCUCCAACUGGGCCAAGUUGGCGACUACCCUGGUGCACCUCGAGGACUACCAGGCUGCCGUUGAGUGUGCCCGCAAGGCCAACAGCGUCAAGGUCUGGAAGCAGGUCAACGAGGCCUGCGUUGACAAGAGGGAGUUCCGUCUUGCCCAGAUUUGCGGUCUCAACCUCAUUGUCCACGCCGAGGAGUUGCAGGCCCUGGUUCGCCAGUACGAGCGCAACGGUUACUUCGACGAGCUGAUUGCCGUCCUGGAGGCUGGUCUCGGUCUGGAGCGUGCUCACAUGGGUAUGUUCACCGAGCUGGGCAUUGCUCUGACCAAGUACCACCCCGACCGUGUGAUGGAGCACUUGAAGCUCUUCUGGUCCCGCAUCAACAUCCCCAAGAUGAUUCGUGCCUGCGAGGAGGCCAACCUCUGGCCCGAGCUGGUCUUCCUGUACUGCCAUUACGACGAGUGGGACAACGCCGCCCUGGCCAUGAUGGAGCGUGCUGCCGAUGCUUGGGAGCACCACUCGUUCAAGGACAUCGUCGUCAAGGUUGCCAACCUGGAGAUUUAUUACCGCGCGUUGAACUUCUACCUGCAGGAGCAGCCCCUUCUCAUCACCGACCUGCUCCAGGUUCUCACCCCGCGUGUCGAUGUCAACCGUGUCGUGCGCAUCUUCCAGAGCUCUGACAAUAUCCCCCUGAUCAAGCCCUUCCUGCUUAACGUUCAGACCCAGAACAAGCGGGCUGUCAACGACGCCAUUAACGAGCUGCUGAUCGAGGAGGAGGACUACAAGACGCUGCGCGACUCCGUGGACAACUACGAUAACUUCGAUGCCGUGGAUCUCGCCCAGCGCCUGGAGAAGCACGACCUCAUCUUCUUCCGCCAGAUCGCUGCCAGCAUCUACCGUAACAACAAGCGCUGGGAGAAGUCGAUUGCCCUGUCCAAGCAGGACAAGCUGUACAAGGACGCCAUCGAGACCGCCGCCAUCUCCGCCAAGUCCGAGGUGGUGGAGGAUCUCCUCCGCUACUUCGUCGACAUCGGCAGUCGCGAGUGCUACGUGGGCAUGCUCUAUGCCUGCUACGACCUGAUCCGCCCCGACGUGAUCAUGGAGAUCUCAUGGCGCAAGGGUCUGCACGACUUCACAAUGCCGUACAUGAUCAACUUCCUCUGCGAGCAGACCCGCACCAUCGAGAUGUUGAAGAAGGACAACGAGGAGCGCAAGUCCAAGGAGAAGACGCACCAGACCGAGGAGGACAACACUCCCAUCCUGGGCGGCUCGCGGCUAAUGCUGACCCAGGGCCCCGCCCCGCCAGCCAGCCCCAUGCCGUACGGUCAAGCCAACGGCAUCACCCCGCAGGCGACCGGCUACCGUGCAUUCUAGACCCUCUGAUUCUUUGCCCUUUUCUUUUUCUUAUGUGUAACAUAAAGCGACGUGAUGACCUCUUGGUGCGAGCAAAAGACAUGAGACGGGGACGGGCAGAUCGCUGCCAGUGUGGAGGGACUUCAUGCCCGUUAAUUUGGUUCUUCUUUUUUCCUUUUACUCCAAUGUAUUUGAUAGGCU